AUGUUGUAUAUCAGUCGUUUACGCGCCCUCUGGUCGAGGCUGCCAAGUCUGCAGGUACCGGCAUCCGAAUCGGUGCUCUUGCAUUUUUACUCCGAUUACAGCGGUUCUACUGGAUCGAGAUGUAGAUUGCAGAAGCUUUUCAGCGGCGACCCAGCCGUAGAGAAGCUCAUUGUCGAUAAUAACAUCAACUGCUACACGCAGGAUGUCUGUCAUGCGCAGCCGGAGCUAAUUGACAGGCUGGAGAUUACUACUGUCCCAGUAGUAGUCGGUAUAUAUAGAGGUCGAAAGGUUGGGGAGGUUCGUAGCGAUAGCGCUACGUCAUGUGGAUCUGAUUUGUGCAAGAAGCUUGUGGAGGCGGCAUCGUCUGCCUCCUCGGCGUCGCAGGUUUCAGAUGAUAAAGAACUCGAAGCGCAGAUUAAUGCGCUGGUCAAAGGAAAAACACGUGAACAGGCGCUCAGUGCACUAGCGGAGUUUGAAAAGUCUCACAUUCAACGCCUUGAAAUAGACAGCACUUUGCGGCAGCUGCUUGCACGGACGAGGCUGCAACUGUACCACCCGAAUUUCGAUGGCUAUUCUACAAAUGCUGUGCAACUAUCAAUAGAGGCUUUACGUGACCAUUUGAGAUCCAUAGAGCAGCUUAUUUCUGAUCUGGAUAAAGCUAGUGUAGAGGAACUCAUCGCAUCAUUCCCUUCGGAUGGGCAUGUUUAUGCUCAGGCCGAUUGGGGCAAGAAAACUAGCAUGGCAGUUGGAAAUCGCCAUAUUGAAAGCAAUGUAGCAUCCACAAUUUUUCAUAAGGAUGGGCAUUACACCAAUAACUAUCGCAGUGCCAGCGGCAGUCUGGCUGAUAAACGCCUGGAAGAUUUUGUUACCGAGUACUGUUACUCCGAUAUCGCAAACAGAGGCAUGUUCCAAGGUGCUAUAUUAGCGCGAUUAAUUAAGGUGGAAGUGCUAAAGAGAAUUAGUAUCGUUAUGUUUCUCCACGGAGACGUGGACGUUGCCAUGGAAGAGGCCGUGCGAGCGUACGAAGAACUCGUGAAGCUACUGAAAAGCGAUUCCAUUCCGGUGCAAUUGUUCCAAAGUCAUGAAAUCGGGUCUGUAAUUGAGUGUAUGCUUUCGGCGUUGCCGUGGAGACACCCUGCAGUGCUCGGCGCUAGGGCUGCCCUCGAGACCAUGGACGGGCCCCGCUUGCUAAAUCGCAUGCGGCAGAGCAACAGACCUUUGGGAGGGCCUGUUUCCAAGCGUCGAGGUUUCGGUGGGCGGUAUGUAUGGCAGGGCCCGGACUACCGACCCAAGAAGUACCGACCACGCGACCCUGAGCAGUACCUCAAUGAGUGGCGUUAUGAGGCGGACAGCAACCUACCGACAUUCUGA